CUCCCCUGUCCCCGCAGCCCCAGGAGUUGCAAUCCCUGGUCCCCGCGCCCCGCAACAUCCUAGCUUCCCCCCUGCGCACACACACACACAAACACACACACACAAACACACGCGUACGCACACGCCCGGCCCCGCAGCCUGACUCCAAGCCCCCGGGGAGCCGCCAGGCUCUGCAGAUCGUUUUCCCGGCCGGGCCUGCGGGUGCGCCGGGAAGUCCGGGGCGGGCCCCCGCCAGGCCGAUCCCCGAUGCCCGGGAUCGUUGUUGUUGUUUGUGCGGCGCCAAAUUCCUCCCCUGCGCGCCCCACCCUCCGGAGGUGACAGGCGGGAGGAGCGGCCGGGUGGCCGACCCUAGGGUGCCAGAGCCGACGGGCCGCCAUGGGGAAUGGGAUGAACAAGAUCCUUCCUGGCCUUUACAUCGGCAAUUUCAAAGAUGCCAGGGAUGCAGACCAACUGAGCAAGAACAAAGUGACACACAUAUUAUCUGUCCAUGACAGUGCUCGGCCAAUGUUGGAGGGAGUUAAAUACCUGUGCAUUCCAGCGGCAGAUUCGCCGUCUCAAAACCUGACAAGACAUUUCAAAGAAAGCAUCAAAUUCAUCCAUGAGUGCCGACUCCGGGGAGAAGGCUGUCUUGUCCACUGCCUAGCUGGAGUGUCGAGGAGCGUGACUCUGGUCAUCGCCUACCUCAUGACAGUGACCGACCUGGGCUGGGAAGAUGCGCUGCACACAGUGCGCGCUGGCCGCUCCUGCGCCAACCCCAACCUGGGCUUCCAGAAGCAGCUGCAGGAGUUCGAGCAGCACGAAGUCCACCAGUACCGCCAGUGGCUUCGAGAGGAGUUUGGUGAGAGCCCUUUGCGUGAUGCCGAAGAAGCCAAGAGCAUCCUGGGUAAAUAUAAAGAACAAGGGCGUGCGGAGGCACCGCCGGGCACCAGGCGCUGGAGCAGCUUCCAGGCCUUGCCCGCCACGUCCUACAGCAACUACACCACAGAGACCUAAGAGACACAGAGACCUCACCGUGCCUCGCCUCGCCGCCCCGCCACCCAGCUCCCAGCUCCCUGCCAGCUUGUCACCGGGUGUGUGGAGGACAGAGCGGUGACCCCGGUGGACUCGGAUCCUUCCCCUUCCCCGCUGCUCCCCUGGGCCCUUCCCCUGCUCCGCCUGAGCUUGUGGCUCUGAGACCCCAGCACAGGGCAUGGUGAGGGCGUCUGCAUGUGUGUGCGGGGCUGGCUGGGUGCUGGACAUGGGGCCUGGUGACACUUGGUGGACGCUCAUGCAAGCCCUUCCCUGCUUGGAGAGUGUCCCCAUCUUUCCCCAUCCAAGAGGCCCCAGAAGACAUUUGAAAUUGAUACCUGCAAAGCUGACCCCAGCAGCAACCAGUAUUCAGGGGGAUGAGUUGAAAACAGCAGGACCCCAAAAUAAUGUGGGUGGUCGUAAUCAGGUCAGCAGGAGACCAAGCUCCCUCUUAGGGGGGCCCUGAAAAAAGGGAUGUUAUUGGCAGUGCCCCAGUCCCAGGACUGCAAGACACAGUCCGAAUAAGUCUCCUCAGGCUCCCCUCAUCCCAAGUUUUACUUGGUGUUUGAUCUUGGCCUUGCUGGCUGCCACAGGGAGCCCAUCAGUGUCUGGGUGCCUGCCCCUCUCCUUGCAGCCUCCCCCCUGCAUCCACCUGGCUUCCCACUCCUCUCCCCAAGGCCAAAUCCACCUGUUGUGGCCAGGAUGGAAAACUGGCAGGAAAGAGCCGGUGAAGGGGCUUUCUGCAUGUGGAAGAGGCGCCUGUCCUAUCUGUCCCAAGUCCCGCUUUGCUCUCAUCUCAGCUACCUCACUCCAGGGUCUCUCAAGAGCUGGUUUCCAGGUUCCCACUCUCCCCUCCGCCUCUACUCUGAGAAGGCACAGAAGAGGUCAGGCAGAAAAGGCAUCUGUGGUCUUGAUGACUUUCAAUUCUCCCAUUGGGGGGGGCAAGGGGAGAUCCAGGCCUAGCAUGUGGCUAGCAGCACCACUGACAACUUUGCCACUGGCUCCCUAAUCCUUAGCACAUGGCACCACAGUGACAAAAAGUAGUGGGCUUCUCCC